CAUUUUCAUUAUAAACAGGCCUAUUAUGUGCGACAGCAUUAAACUUUCCCUGUUUCUUAUCCUCACUCACCAACAAAGCAUUAAUUUCCCCUUCCUUCCAUAUGGAUAUGGAGCCAAUUCAUCGCCUCUGCUCACUCACCAACACAGCAUUCAUUUCCCCUUACUUCCAUGGCCGUUCCCCUCUUCUUCUUCUUCUUCUUCCUCCUCAUUUCAUCCCCCGCUUUGACUUCCCCAUCCCCAAACCCAUUCACCGAAAAAGCAGCCUUAAUCCGUUAUUGGAACCGCAAAAUCCCCAACAAUCUUCCUCACCCUUCGUUCCUACUCUCCAAACUCACCCCUCUUUCAGCCUCCGAUGCCACCACAUUCUUCAACCUCGCCGCCUCCGAUCCUUCACUUAUUUCCUCCCAUCUCACCUCCUUCUGCUCCGCCGCAGGUCUACUCUGCCCCACAGACCUCACCCCUUCCCUCUCCUCCCACCCCCGCGACACCAGCUUCACCAACUAUGGUACUGGCUCCGCCGACGGCCUCUCCUCCUUUAAAAACUACUCUGAUAACAUCAACGUACCCCUCGACACCUUCCGCCGCUACGGCCGUGACUCUGCCGGCCACGAUGACAAGUUCUCCUUCUAUGAUCACAAUGGCAAUGCCGUCACCGCAAAUUUCACCUCUUAUGGCACAAACACUGCCGGCGGAACCGACGAUUUAUCUGCCUACGAUGAAUUCUCCAAUGUACCUGACCUUAAAUUUACUAAUUACGCCGCAGAAGGCACCGGCCGCGAAGGACGUUUUUCACAGUAUUCCGUUAGAACGAACGUCGGCAACCAGUCGUUCAAUAGCUACGGGAAGAACGGCAAUGGCGGAACAUCUGAUUUCAGUUCCUAUGCGAAUAACAGCAAUGUGAUCGGAAGUGCGUUUACACAUUACGGCGAGGAAGGAAAUGCGGUAAACGAAACUUUCAGUUCUUAUGGAGAGAACGGGAAUGUGCCGGAGAACAAUUUUAGGUCGUACGGCGAGGAAGGGAAUGGGGGAAACGAUACCUUCAGUUCCUAUCGUGAUCAAUCAAACGUGGGAGACACGGGAGACAAUUUCUUCACCUCAUAUGAAAAAAGCGGCAACGAAGGAACCGCUGACUUCACAAAUUACGGAAACUCUACUUUUCCCAGCAGCGAUAACUUCAAGGGCUAUGGUGAGGGUUCCUUCAAUGACCUAAUCACAUUCAAGGAAUACUUCGCCGAUAACACCAGCUUCAAAUCCUAUGCCAAAACCGGCAUUGAGUUCAAAGAAUAUCACAAUUCCUCUUCCUCUUCGACUUCACCCGCGAUCGCAGCAAUGAAACAAGCCGCCGCGAAACGAUUCGUCGAGCCGGGGAAGUUCUUUCGUGAACGAAACUUGAAGAAGGGGACUGUGAUGCCGAUGCCGGACAUUCGCGACCGGAUGCCGCCGCGAUCGUUUCUCCCGCGUUCGAUCGCCGGUAAGAUCCUGUUCUCCGCUGUCGCCGUUGACGGAAUCUUCCACAUCUUGCCAGACACCGCCAUGGGUAAAGCGGUGGAUUCAACUAUAGCAGAUUGCGAGCGCGCUCCGAGCCGCGGCGAGACGAAGCGCUGUGCAGCAUCGGUUGAGGACAUGAUCGACUUCGCCGUCGCCGUGCUCGGCGACGACAUCGAGGUGCGAUCCACGGCGAACACGAAGGGGUCGAAGGGGAACAUCCUUAUCGGAAAUGUGAGGGGGGUGAACGGCGGUAAAGUUACCAAGUCGGUGAGCUGCCACCAGAGCCUGUUCCCCUACAUGGUUUAUUAUUGCCACUCGGUGCCGCGCGUACGCGUUUAUGUGGCGGAGAUCCUGGCCGUUGAUACGAAGGAGAAGAUCAAUCAAGGGGUUGCCAUCUGUCACAUAGACACGUCAGACUGGAGUCCGACUCACGGGGCAUUCGUGGCGCUGGGGCCCGGACCGGGGAAGAUUGAGGUGUGCCAUUGGAUUUUUGAAGGGGAUAUGACGUGGACCGUUGCUGACCGUGCGUGAUUUUCAGCCGGGAACCGGUUGAUGAUGGAAUAAGGCAGGGGGGAGGACUACCGUUC